AUGACGGAGCUUACGGCAUCCGAUUUGCAAGAUGUACUGGCAUUCACCACGGCCCUAGCCCGCACCGCCGGGGCCAUCAUCCUCGAAGGGUCUCAGGCGAUCCAGUCCGCUCCUGCAUCGGACGUGAACGAGAAGAAAAACUCGGUCGAUCUCGUCACCGAGUUUGACGUGAAAGUCGAAGAGGUUGUCAAGGCUGCGAUCGCUAAAGCCUACCCUCACUUCCAAUUCAUCGGCGAAGAGUCUUACGCCGCUGGGUCCCGACAGCCCGUAACGGACGAACCCACUUUUUGUGUCGAUCCCAUUGAUGGUACUACCAAUUUCGUGCACGGAUUUCCCUUCGUGUGCAUCUCUCUGGGGCUCAUAUACAAGAAGAGGCCCGUUCUUGGUGUCAUCUACAAUCCAUUCUUGGACCAUCUGUACUCCGGCGUGAAGGGCCAAGGAUCGCACCUGACCCGAGGAAGCGAGACCUUGAAGCUUCCCCUGGGUUCCCCGAAAACUUUUCCGUCGUUGUCGCAAGGCUUGCUAGCCAUUGAAUGGGGGUCCGACCGGACCUUCCCUGUUCUUGCGCCGAAAUCCGAGUCCUUCUUGAAACUGGCCGGUGAUCCCACCCCGGAAAAGUCUGGUGGAAGUCGCAUGGCGCAUUCCCUGCGAUCGCUCGGAAGCGCAGCCCUCAAUUUUGCGAUGGUCGCUCAGGGCGGACUCGACCUUUACUGGGAGAUAGGCUGCUGGCCCUGGGAUGUCUGCGCUGGAAUCGUCAUCGCCCAAGAAGCCGGGUGUUUGGUGACGGGAUCCAAAGAUUGCGUGCACGACGGGAACGUAACGGAGGAGAUCUUGACGGGAAGGAAAUAUCUGGUCAUUCGCGGAGUGGCUGAUACCCCAAGCGAAAGUGGUUAUGACGCUCAAAGAAGGCUCAUACGCGAUUUCUACGAGACUGUUGCUGAUGUGACGCCCAACUAG